AUUGCCGGUAAACGAGACCCACAGCUCGAAUCGGAAGUGUUGGGUUGGGUCGAAGCUGUUCUCGGCGAACGUCUCCCGUCGGGCUCUUUCGAAGAUGUCCUCCGCGACGGAACCAUUCUCUGCAGACUGAUGAACAAACUAAAGCCGGGAUCGAUUCCAAAAGUGAACACAACGGGUGGUCAGUUCAAAAUGAUGGAGAAUAUAAACAAAUUUCAGAGCGCUAUCCGAAACUAUGGCGUCCCAGACAUCGAUGUUUUCCAGACCGUAGAUCUUUACGAAAGAAGAAAUAUACCACAAGUCACACAAAGUGUUUGCGCUUUGGGCCGCACUUGUUAUCUGCACCCGGAAUGGCCAGGACCGUUUCUCGGCCCCAAACCGGCCGAUGAGAAUCGACGAAACUUCAGCGAAGAGCAGCUGCGCGCCGGAGAAGGCGUUAUUAACCUACAGUACGGCACAAACAAAGGUGCGAACGCCAGUGGAGUCAACUUUGGCAACACUCGACACAUGUAAUCGUCGCCAACCUAUUGAAUGCCCGCAACAAUCAACACAAAAACAAUACUACAACUCCUUCUCUGCAUUUCAAUUGUUUCUUUUUGCAGACUAUUUAAUAAAUAAGUUAUGAAAACAAUUUAAUUAACACUUAAAAUGAUAUGAAACGAAGAAUAACAACAAUUUGGUGGUCACUUAACUUUACUUUUCAUUACUGCACAUAAUUUUAUGCUAAUUAUUAUUAUUAUUAUAUUAUUUAAUUUACUUUAAAAAUACUUUCCUUUUGUUUUUUGGUCAAAAACACAGCUUUCCUUUCCUUUUCGUUGUUUUGAAACUUAAAUUUGAAAAUGAAUUUGUGUUUCAAAAUAUUUUGAGUUUUCAAAAAACUUAUGUAAAAUCAAUUCUCAAAACACAAAACAAACGAUAAAAACAGGAAAAAUAAGAGUAGAUAAGAAGAAAAAUGAUUUUUGUUUUGCUUUUAUACCAAACAUUUAAAAAAUAAAGAAUGAAUUUUGAAAACAAUUUUUUUGAAUGAAUAAUAUUUAAAAAAACAAUAGAAAAACCAAAAUAAUAGAGACUUCACUGCCUAUUAUAUAACAGUAAAACUAUUUUUCAAUUACUGUUUUAAUUUAUUUGACGACAUUUGUAAUGCACAACAUUUUAUCAAAUAAAGCAAAUCUUAAUUUAAAUUAUAA